UGCAAAUCUACUUAUUACGGAUUUUGAAACGACACCCAGAUUUUGAAACGUUCUGCAACUGCUCUGUAGCUCUCAGAUCGGUGACUUGAGUGAGAAAAUGGGGAACUCUUCGAAGGACGACUCGGCCAGCGACGGCGACACCUCGAGCGGCGACACUCCUCCGUCCAAAUCGAGCCUCUACUCCGAGGGCGAGAAGGUCCUCGCUUACCACGGCCCUCGUCUCUACGAAGCCAAGGUCCAAAAGGCUGAGCUUAGGAAGAAGGAAUGGAGAUACUUUGUUCACUACCUUAAAUCAUUACAAUGGCUUCGACAUCUUUCCAACAGUUGGGACGAAUGGGUAGGUGUGGACCGUCUGAUGAAACAUACUGAAGAGAAUGUCGUGAAACAGCAGGCUCUUGACAAAAAACAGGGUGUAGACAAAAAUGUAAAGUCAGGACGUUCAGCUCAGACAAAACCAAAAAGCUCUACAGAUGCGAAAGUCGAGAAAGAAGACCUCAAGAAUAAUGUGUCAAAAGGGAAGAAGCGAAAGAGUGAAUCAGGCGUUGAGAAGGACAAUGUAUCUCUGGAAAAGCUUGUCAAGAUUCAAAUUCCAUCUACUCUAAGGAAGCAACUGGUUGAUGAUUGGGAGUUUGUUACCCAGCAGGACAAGCUUGUUAAACUUCCUCGUUCACCAACUGUUGAUGACAUUUUGACGAAGUACCUUGAGUACAGGGCAAAGAAGGAUGGCAUGUAAGAUUUACUUAAUUCCUGUUGGAAUUG